GGACCAUUUUGAACCACAAACCCAACUGGUGGAGGAUAUGAUCUUUUUGUCACCGAGAUUUCAUCCCAAAUCCCCUUUCUAACUUUCGCUGCAUCUCCAUCUCUGCAGAAUCCAAAAUCCCAUCCAUAUUCACUUGCUCUGUUUCUCUCUGUUCCUUCCAUGGCCACAAUAACAAAUUCCUUAUCCAAACCGCUUUCCUCUUUUGCCUCUAUCCCUAAAAUCAAUUCUAUUCCUCUCUGCCUCCGUGCUUCCUUUUUACCCUCCCGUGGUUCCUUUUCACCAGCAAAACUUGAAACGAACCGACGUAGCCGUCGCUUCGUCACAAAGGGCGCAGGCGCCGGCGCAGCCCCAUCUGGGACUAAAAAAGUUAAAACCGACGAUAGAGUGCAGCAAGUCCACAGCAUAGAAGAAUUCGAUGAAGCCCUCCUGAAGGCGAAAAACAAGCUGGUAGUGGUAGAGUACGCCGCCAGCCACAGCUUCCACAGCAGUCAAAUCUACCCGUUCAUGGUGGAUCUGAGCCGCACGUGCAGCGACGUGGAGUUCAUUCUGGUAAUGGGUGAUGAAUCGGAGAAGACGAAGGAGCUUUGCAAGCGAGAGAAAAUCGACAAAGUCCCGCACUUUAGCUUUUACAAGAGCAUGGAGAAAAUUCACGAAGAGGAGGGUAUAGGCCCUGACGUGCUUGUGGGAGAUGUGUUAUACUACGGGGAUAACCAUUCUUCCGUGGUGCAGCUGCACAGUAGGGAGGACGUGGAGAAGCUGAUUGAAGAGAAUAAGGUUGGGCAUAAGCUGAUUGUGCUUGAUGUGGGGUUGAAGCAUUGCGGGCCAUGCGUUAAGGUUUAUCCGACGGUGAUUAAGCUGUCGAAGCAGAUGGUGGACACCGUGGUGUUCGCGCGCAUGAACGGCGAUGAGAACGAAAGCUGCAUGCAGUUCUUGAAGGACAUGGACGUGGUGGAGGUGCCGACGUUUUUGUUCAUCAGAGACGGAGAGAUUUGUGGAAGGUAUGUGGGUUCCGGUAAGGGCGAGCUUAUUGGUGAGAUCCUUAGAUACCAAGGAGUUCGUGUUACAUAUUAAAAUUAUUUACUUAAACCAAAUCAAAUGAUCAUGAUUUUGCAAAUUGUAUGACGACCUUAUAGAACAAAUUGGAUUGCUGCAGUUUAUUGAAAAUUAUUGAGAAAGUUUGUUAAAUGUAUUUGUCUUAAAAAACAGAGACAAACAUAAUUUUUGGAAAUUUCUAUAAUGUUGAAAUUAAGGAGGUGUCCGUGGUCAGUAACAAUUAUUAGUAGUAGUACCCUUUUUCUGGGAUCAACGAUUACUAGUACGUUGUUACCUCAAUGAUCGAUGCAGGAUUUAUUUAUUUAUUUAUGUUUCUUUAUCUA